CACUAAGAAAAAUCAUCAGUUCGUAUAAGCGUCUGGUUUCCAACACGGCCUCGCGCAUUCAGUUGUGUGUCUAAUUUCGAUUGGAACGAGUGUUUUUAUCCUGCCUUCUUCUUCACUAAACAAUGACAAAUACCAAGCGUCAAUAAUUGAAGAAUAAAACGUGUUGGAUUUAGUGAAUGUGCUCAGUAUUAUUUUUUAUUUAUUACUGUUUACUAUCGUCAAUUUGAAGAUUUUUAACUACUUUAUAAAAGAUGGCGAACAUUCUACCUACACUUGUCGGGAUAUUUAUGCUACAAGCUGCUUCGAUGGCAGCUCCAAGUGACGACGCCUUAGUUGCGCCCAAAUAUAUUGAAGAAGGCUCUAAACUAGAUAGUCUAACUCCUGGCAAAGGUGAUCAAAGUAGUAUUGAAAACGAAAGUAGUCAACGACAAAAGAGAUUUUAUAAUUAUAAUGCGUUUGCCUAUUCACAACCAGGAUACCCUACAAAUUUUCCUCCUCCUCAGCCAUUUCAUUCUCAUUUUUCAAAGAGAGAUGAAGGCCAAAAUACAGGUUUAUACGGAAGUGGAGAUGUAUUAUCCCUAAUAUAUACACGCUUGGAACAAAUUCUAAGUAAUACCAGACAACACGCAUAUCCCGCACCUCAAUAUACACCUAUUCCAACAUUUAUUCCAUUACUUGUCAUACCACAAUUUCAUUGCGGGUGCAGUUCCAAGAAUGAAAACCCACUAACAACAAAACCGUUCAAUAAUAAUAACAAACCUCAACCAAAUACACCAACGGAAUCGACUACACCAAUAGAAACGGAUACACCAGAUCUAUUUAACAGAUUUAACGGCAUAAAUGAUACUGAGUCAAGUGGACAAAUUGAAGAUAAUGGAAACAGACCUAUUUCCUUUGAUCCUAUUAUUCCUGAAUCACCAAUAGAUAUACCUGUACCUCCCGUUGAACAUGGAAGUGUCCAAGCGGGUGCCCAGCCUGAACCGAUUUCAACUACUACUUUAAGAGCAAUUUUAAAUAGCCCUGCAAAGGCACAUUCUGGAAUGGCGUCACUUUACAUCACAUGUUUGACACUUUUGAUAUUUCACAUGGUCAGCGUUCAAACCGCUCCAAAAAGUAUAAGAAGUAACGAUAAAAAUAAUGCAAACGUUCUUAAUUUUGACGAUAGUAACAAUCGUAAUUUUAAGUCAUUAAGUAAUAUUCAAAAUUUACUUAACAGUUUUCCUCAAAGUUCACCAGCGGAGAUAAACAGGUAUGCUAGAUUAACUUCAAUUGACAAAAGUAGCAAACCUUUAAACGGUCUUCCAUUUUUGGAUGAUAUUAGACAAAAUUGGGGAAUACUGGUGAACAAAACGAAUUUAGAAGACGAGGAUGAAGAAAGUUACAGGAGACCGAUAAAUAUACCAAUGCCAACUUCAGACGAUCGAGUCAAACUGACAAUUGAAACAUCACUCAGAGAAUUACAAACUAAACCAUUGUCAGAGAAAACAUCUCCAGUCGUAGAAAAUAGAAAGAAAAAAUUAGCUGUUGCAUCUGAAGUCAAGAAAACUAUAGCAAAACCCACGUCUUGUGAUGUAGCUCUCAUUGUUUGUUGUAUGAGAAAUUCAAACUUAGAGCAAUGUUUUCGUGAGCAAGAAUGUUUUAGACAAAUUAUUCCUGGAAAUGUUUGCUAUAAAAAUGAAAUGUUUACCGCUUUACAAAAAAUUAGCGAGUAUUACAGUUUACUACAAGUAAAUUGACUACUAUAUUUACUUACAUUUGGAACAAAUUUUUGUUCUAUCCGGGAUAUAGUCCUACUACAGUAUUGUUUAUUUAGCUUUAAUUACUAUAAUAAAUUAUUUUAGAUUAUACUUACUCUA